UAAUGAAGGGUCAAUAAACACCAAGUCGUUUUCCUAAAAUAAAUUAAUUUGAAACUCAAUUCUCUCAUUUAUCAUUAAGCAAUUUCUAAGAAUAAAAACAUAAUCCUUCAAUUUGUAAAGGAAUGUUGAGUAUGAUUAAUCCUAAACCUCCUUGUGAAAAUAAGAAAAUAAAAUAAUCUAGUAUAUAUAAUAAUGAAUAGGUUAAUUCGAAUAGAAAGCACAUUGUUUAAAAAGAUGUCCAUUAGAAGAAGGUACAAGUUUUGAUUUAGAUUUAUCUGUGUUUAAAAUACGUCCUUGUUAAAGACAAUGUGAACAUAAUUAUAAAUAAUGUCCAUAUUUCCAUUCAGAAAAUGAUUUAAGAAGACCUGGAACAUAUUACAAAGCAGAAUUAUGUCCUUAUAAAGUAGAAUAAAAAGAAUGUCCUCAUGGUUAUAGUUGUUGUAAAGCACAUAAUUAAUACGAAUUAUUAUAUUAAGAAGAUAAUUAUCGAAAAUUAUUUUGUCCUUAACCAUAAAAUUGUUGUUUUGGUAUGUAUUGUCCUUAUGCUCAUUUUGAAAAGGAUAUUAAAUGUGAAUUGAUACAUUUAUAUUAACAUGAUUAGGAUUAUUUUAUGUUUCAUUACAAAACGAUUGCUUGUCCAUAUACAUUAUUUAAUCAUAAUUUAGUAAUCUAUAAUUUAAUUAGGUCAACUUGUGAUUAUUAUCAUAAUGAGAGUGAUAAACGUAGAAAAGUUUAAGAUAUCCCUUAUUAAUCUUAAUAGUGUCCAAAUUGGAUGUAAAAUAAAAGUUGUUCUAAUGAAUGUUUAUUAUGUCAUUCUAUCUUUGAACUUUAUUUUCAUCCUUACAUAUAUAAAACUUUUGAAUGCACAUAGUAAAAUUGUUAUCGAGAUAUUUGUCCAGGAUAUCAUGAUGAAAAUGAUUAAAGGUAAGAUAUUUUUAAUAUAAUUAAAGAUAAUUAAAUCCAUUAGUUAGAAAUGGAAUCAUGAAAAUAGUUCCAAAAAAUAGAUUUGAAGAGAGAUAACCAAAAACACAAACUAUUAAAUUUCCAAGUAUAUAUUAAUGA